CGCCACGUGACCGGCCGGGGGUCACGGGCGCCCGCCAGGAGCGGCCUCGUGCGGUCCGGUCCGGUCCCGGGCGCUCCUGACGCGGCUCCCGGGCGCUUGCGUCCCGCCGGCGGCUAUGAGGGCGCUGGCCCCGCGCUGGGCAGCCCUAGCUGUGCGGGCGGCGGGCGGGCGGUGGGCGCCGCCCGUCCCCCGCCGCGGUCGCAGCGGCCCCGGUUCUUCCCCGCCACGGGAGUGGGCACUGUCGGUGAGCCCGCGGGGGCGGCUGCGGGUGCGGCUGCCGUGCCAGGUGAACGUCCGCCCGCUGGACCCGCAGCGCUGCCCGGGCGCGGACAGGGUGCUGGUGGCCCUGAGCGGCGGCAGCCCCGCGCGCCGCGGGCGGGAGCGGGACCCGGUGCGGGUGGAGCACGACGAGGAGCUGGGGCAGGUGGCGAUCGUGGCGGAUGGCGUGGACAGCAAGGCCACCGUGGACGUCCGGACACCGGUGAAGUUCGAUUUGGAUAUCAAAACAUCAGGGACUGGCUGCGUGAAGAUUCAGAAAAUAGAAUGUGAUAACUGCAAAAUAGAAACAGAGAAGGGGACUAGUGUCUUGCAGUCAAUAAAGAGCCAUAAAAUUGAUAUACGGACAAAUGGUGGCAAAGUAAUUGGUCUUGGAACACUUUAUGGAAAUACAGAUAUUUGUGCAACUGAGAAGGGGAGUGUAAAUAUAGAGAAGCUGCAGGGGWCAGCCAUCAAUAUAUCUACUGAAGAUGGGCUGCUGAAAACGAAGUAUCUGUAUGCAGAAUCAGCAUCUCUCUCUUCAGAAUCYGGUGAUAUUAUGCUGGGCARUGUUCAUGGUAAUACCAGCCUUCAGACCAAAAGAGGGAGUAUCACAGUAGAUUCAUCAGAUGGGAGUCUAAAAGCUUCUACAUAUCAUGGGACGAUAGAUGUUUAUGUCAGUCAAUUAAGAAAAGUGGAUCUGAAAUCCCAGAAAGGUUCAAUUACAGUCAAGGUACCUGAGUCCCUCAAAGCCUAUUUAGAGCUGUCUGGAAGAAAAGUGGAUGUGAGCUCAGAGAUCCAGUUAAAAGAAACACAGAGUGACUCCAAAGAUGACCACGUGACUCUAAGUGGUCACAUGAAUCAAAGGGAUGAAACAGACAAAUGGAUUAAGGCUGACACACAAAAUGGCAAAGUGUAUCUUAAAAGCCAAAGCUGGAUCCAGUCUGUCAAGCUSAAGAGUUCUUAAAGGUGAAAUAGGCCAAAGAGAUUAAAUCAAGAAACUACAAAGGAACAGUUCUGUAAAAUUAUGAAACUUUUUUUGAUGUAUAUUCUUAAUAUAAAAGAGAAACAAUAUUAAAAAUCAGAGCAUUUUAACCCAAGAUUUGCCUGUGACAAUGCUGGUGCUAAACAGUCUGGUUUACUUUUAGUGCCUUUUAUGAGCAAGAUGAUCUUACAUAUUCCUAAUUUAUAUAACUUGACCCAGUUACCAUAUCAGUUUAAAAGCUCAUAGCUUUCAAACAAAAGUUUGGAGUUGUCAUUUAAAAAUAAAUAAAAAAUAAAAAAACAAAAAUGUUUUCAACACUUCCAAGAUUACAUGCUUUGCAAGCUCUCAUACUUUUAAAUUAAAUGUCUCAGUCCUGUGGGAAUUCUGCUGGUUUGUGCCGAAUGCAGUGAGUUUUCUUCAGCCAAACGAUAUCGUGGAUAGGAUAAAAUAAGUUUCAGACCUGUAGUUCUUACGUGAAACCCCUUUGGUGUUUGAAUACUGAGCAGUUUCUGCCUGGCCAGUGGGUACUCAAUGUGUAAAAAUAAUCUGUGAAAUGGCAGAACUUACUCURUGUCAUCCUGAACUGCUUGUUGUGGGUAGAAAUAACAACUCUAGCUGUGUCUACCACUGCUCAUCUGCAAAGAAAAGCUUUUAAAAUAAAUAAAAGUGCAAUGGAUCUGGCUGAGUUCAAGGAGGAGCUCUCCCCCAACUGGACUUCAGGUAAGAAUCCACAGGAACAUUCCUCUGAAGGAAGAUCUGCUGUACAAUGGAAGCGUUGGCCUGGUAACUGAGAACUGGAAUCUCUUUGCUGUGUUUGCAGCAACUUAGAGCUCUGUCCUGCAGAGCUGCCAGCUCUUGGGGGCAGGAAGGCAGAGGAGGGAGGGGAGAGGAGCGGGUAGACCCUGCACAAGGGCACAAUUGAUUGUUGUGGAGRAGUCUGUGUCACUCAAUACAAACASAGUAAAGUAAAUGGAGCUUUUAGAAGCCUUUCCAUACCUCUGUAUGRCACCUUAUAAAAGAAGCAGUGAAAUUGGUGUUUUAAACUGAAAUGUAAGAAUCCCUGCCAGCUGAGUGGAUGGAGAGUAGCAGAGAGUUCAGACUCUCAGCUGAGGCUUUAGGUUGUGUAUGUAUGUGUAUGUACUUCAUAAUGGUACCUUAUGAAGGGAACUUCUGCYUUGCCACAGAAUUCCCCAGGAGGUAUAAUUGCCCCUGGCUAAUUGACUUCAAGAGCAUCAUUUCUGCUGUAAUUCAGGGUGGUUAAAAACUCCACAUUCUGUUUACUGUUGUGUGUACUGUUUGUUGGGAUGAGGUAGGCACUGAAGCGUAUGGAAAACUGUAUGUACUUUUAGUAUAAACAAUAAUAUAUAAACAAUUUCUUAUAGUAUUACUAAAGGCAUUACAAUAUUACUAGAUAUGAGUUACUAUACUUUUUUUAAAGUUACAAAUUUAAUAAAUUUAUAAAGGUUAUGGAUAUCCUGAAAAUUUUUUGAAACAAAUUAUUUCUAUGCCCUGCUGCAGCCAGAGUGAAAACAGCACCUCCAAAUUCACACCACGUGAAAACAUAAAAACAGUCUGGUAGAUAUUUUACAAGAUCGAAUCCAUUUAAUGGUCCCA